AUGGCAAGGCCGCGUCCCAGCCCGUGGGCAAGGCUGUUGCUGGCAGCCCUGCUGAGCGCCAGUCUCCCCGGGGACGUGGCAAACCGCUGCAAGAAAGCUCAGGUGAAGAGCUGCACCGAGUGCAUCCGCGUGGACAAGGACUGUGCCUACUGCACGGAUGAGAUGUUCAAGGAACGGCGCUGCAACACACAGGCGGAGCUGCUGGCCGCGGGCUGCCGGCAGGAGAGCGUGCUGGUUAUGGAGAGCAGCUUCGAGAUCACAGAGGAGACCCAGAUCGAUACCACCCUACGUCGCAGCCAGGUGUCCCCCCAGAGCCUGCGGGUGCGGCUGAGGCCGGGCGAGGAGCGACACUUUGAGCUAGAGGUAUUCGAGCCCCUGGAGAGCCCCGUGGACCUGUACAUCCUCAUGGACUUCUCCAACUCCAUGUCCGACGAUCUGGACAACCUCAAGCAGAUGGGGCAGAACUUGGCCCGGGUCCUGAGCCAGCUCACCAGUGACUACACUAUUGGAUUUGGCAAGUUUGUGGACAAAGUCAGCGUCCCUCAGACGGACAUGAGGCCGGAGAAGCUGAAGGAACCCUGGCCCAACAGUGACCCCCCCUUCUCCUUCAAGAAUGUCAUCAGCCUGACGGAAGAUGUGGAUGAAUUCCGGAAUAAACUGCAGGGAGAGCGGAUCUCAGGCAACCUGGAUGCUCCUGAAGGUGGCUUCGAUGCCAUCCUGCAGACGGCCGUGUGCACAAGGGACAUCGGCUGGCGCCCCGACAGCACCCAUCUGCUGGUGUUCUCCACCGAGUCAGCCUUCCACUAUGAGGCAGAUGGUGCCAACGUGCUGGCAGGCAUCAUGAGCCGCAAUGAUGAGAAGUGCCACCUGGACGCCACGGGCACCUACACCCAGUAUGGGAUGCAGGACUACCCGUCGGUGCCCACCCUAGUGCGCCUGCUCGGCAAGCACAACAUUAUCCCCAUCUUCGCAGUCACCAACUACUCCUACAGCUACUACGAGAAGCUUCGCACGUAUUUCCCGGUCUCCUCACUGGGGGUGCUGCAGGAGGACUCAUCCAACAUCGUGGAGCUGCUGGAGGAGGCCUUCAAUCGCAUUCGCUCCAACCUGGACAUCCGGGCCUUGGACAGCCCCCGAGGCCUACGGACAGAGGUCACCUCCAAGAUGUACCAAAAGACCAAGACUGGGUCCUUUCACAUCCGGCGGGGGGAAGUGGGCCUGUACCAAGUACAGCUGCGGGCCCUCGAGGACCUGGAUGGGACGCAUGUGUGCCUGCUGCCAGGAGAAGACCAGAAGGGCAAUAUCCACCUGAAGCCUUCCUUCUCCGACGGCCUCCAGAUGGAUGUGGGCAUCCUCUGCGACGUGUGCGCCUGCGAGCUGCAAAAAGAGGUACAGUCAGCUCGCUGCAACUUCAAUGGAGACUUCAUGUGUGGACACUGUGUGUGCAGUGAGGGCUGGAGCGGCAAGACCUGCAACUGCUCCACCGGCUCGCUGAGCGACACGCAGCCCUGCCUGCGGGAGGGCGAGGACAAGCCGUGCUCGGGCCAUGGCGAGUGCCAGUGUGGGCGCUGUGUGUGCUAUGGCGAAGGCCGCUACGAGGGUCAGUUCUGCGAGUACGACAACUUCCAGUGUCCACGCACGUCCGGGUUCCUCUGCAACGAUCGGGGACGCUGCUCCAUGGGCCAGUGUGUGUGUGAACCUGGUUGGACAGGCCCAGGCUGUGACUGUCCCCUCAGCAAUGCCACCUGCAUCGACAGCAAUGGGGGCAUCUGUAACGGGCGUGGCCACUGUGAGUGUGGCCGCUGCCACUGCAACCAGCAGUCGCUCUACACGGACACCAUCUGCGAGAUCAACUACUCAGCGAUCCGCCUGGGCCUCUGCGAGGACCUGCGCUCCUGCGUGCAGUGCCAGGCCUGGGGCACCGGGGAGAAGAAGGGGCGCACAUGUGAGGAGUGCAGCUUCAAGGUCAAGAUGGUGGACGAGCUUAAGAAAGCAGAGGAGGUGGUGGAGUACUGCUCCUUCCGGGAUGAGGAUGACGACUGCACCUACAGCUACACUGUGGAGGGCGAUGGCACCCCCGGCCCCAACAGCACCGUCCUGGUGCACAGGAAGAAGGACUGCCCACCCGGCUCCUUCUGGUGGCUCAUCCCUCUGCUCAUCCUCCUCCUGCCGCUCCUGGCACUGCUGCUGCUGCUCUGCUGGAAGUACUGUGCCUGCUGCAAGGUGAGCACUCUCAGGUCCCUGCGCCUUGCCCGCCUUUGCACCGAGAACCUGCUGAAGCCCGACACUCGAGAAUGUAACCAGCUGCGCCAGGAGGUGGAGGAGAAUCUGAACGAGGUGUACAGACAGAUCACAGGUGCACACAAGCUCCAGCAGACUAAGUUCCGGCAGCAGCCCAAUGCUGGGAAAAAGCAAGACCACACCAUUGUAGACACAGUGCUGAUGGCGCCCCGCUCAGCCAAGCAGGCCCUGCUGAAGCUGACAGAGAAGCAGGUGGAACAGGGGGCCUUCCAUGAGCUCAAGGUGGCCCCGGGCUACUACACCCUCACUGCAGACCAGGAUGCCCGGGGCAUGGUGGAGUUCCAGGAGGGUGUGGAGCUGGUGGAUGUGCGGGUGCCCCUCUUCAUCCGGCCUGAGGAUGAUGAUGAGAAACAGCUGCUGGUGGAAGCCAUUGAUGUGCCCGUGGGCACUGCCACCCUUGGCCGCCGCCUGGUAAACAUCACCAUCAUCAAGGAGCAAGCCAGCGGGGUGGUGUCCUUCGAGCAGCCGGAGUACUCCGUCAGCCGCAGUGACCAAGUGGCCCGCAUUCCCAUUAUCCGGCGCAUCCUGGACAAUGGCAAGUCCCAGGUCUCUUACCGCACGCAGGACAACACAGCACAGGGCAACCGGGACUACAUCCCCGUGGAGGGCGAGUUGCUGUUCCUCCCUGGGGAGAGCUGGAAAGAGCUGCAGGUGAAGCUCCUGGAGCUACAGGAGGUAGACUCUCUCCUGCGGGGCCGCCAGACCCGCCGCUUCCACAUCCAACUCAGCAACCCCAAGUUUGGGGCCCGCCUGGGCCAGCCCCACUCGGCCACUGUCAUCAUUGGGGACCGAGAUGAAGUAGACGGGAACUUCAAGAGUCAGACGCUGUCAUCCCCACCCCCCCGCGGUGACCUGGGCGCCCCACAGAACCCCAAUGCUAAGGCCGUCGGGUCCCGGAAGAUCCAUUUCAACUGGCUGCCCCCUCCUGGCAAGCCACUGGGGUACAGGGUGAAGUACUGGAUCCAGGGUGACUCCGAGUCCGAAGCCCACCUGCUCGACAGCAAGGUGCCCUCAGUGGAGCUCACCAACCUGUACCCGUAUUGUGACUAUGAGAUGAAGGUGUGCGCCUAUGGGGCGCAGGGUGAGGGUCCCUACAGUUCCCUGGUGUCCUGCCGCACCCACCAGGAAGUGCCCAGCGAGCCAGGGCGUCUGGCCUUCAAUGUCGUCUCCUCUACUGUGACCCAGCUGAGCUGGGCCGAGCCCGCUGAGACCAAUGGUGAGAUCACGGCCUACGAGGUCUGCUACGGCCUGGUCAACGAGGAAAACCGACCCAUUGGGCCCAUGAAGAAGGUGCUGGUGGACGGCCCCAAGAGGCGGAUGCUACUUAUUGAGAACCUGCGAGAAUCCCAGCCGUACCGCUACACGGUGAAGGCGCGCAAUGGGGCUGGAUGGGGGCCCGAGCGGGAGGCCAUCAUCAACCUGGCCACCCAGCCCAAGCGGCCCAUGUCCAUCCCCAUCAUCCCCGACAUCCCCAUCGUGGAUGCCCAGAGUGGGGAGGACUACGAAAGCUUCCUCAUGUACAGCGAUGAUGUUCUACGCUCCCCGGCCGGCAGCCAGAGGCCCAGCGUCUCUGAUGACACAGAGCACCUGGUGAAUGGCCGGAUGGACUUUGCCUUCCCGGGUAGUGCCAACUCCCUGCACAGGAUGACCACAGCCAAUACUGUCUACGGCACCCACCUGAGCCCACACCUGCCCCACCGCGUGCUGAGCACAUCCUCCACCCUCACACGGGACUACCACUCGCUGACCCGCACGGAACACUCGCACUCGGCCACGCUGCCCAGGGACUACUCCACCCUCACCUCCCUCUCCUCCCACGGCCUCCCUCCCAUCUGGGAAGACGGGAGGAGCAGGCUUCCACUGUCCUGGGCCCUGGGGCCUCGGAGUCGGGCUCAGAUGAAGGGGUUCCCCCCCUCCAGGGGCUCGCGAGACUCUAUAAUCCUGGCUGGGCAGCCAGCAGCGCCCUCCUGGGGCCCAGACUCCCGCUUGGCUGCAGGUGUGCCUGACACACCCACGCGCCUGGUGUUCUCUGCCCUGGGACCCACAUCUCUGAAAGUGAGCUGGCAGGAGCCACAGUGUGAACAGGUGCUGCAGGGCUACAGUGUGGACUACCAGCUGCUGAAUGGCGGUGAGCUGCGCAGGCUCAACAUCCCCAACCCCAGCCAGACUUCAGUGGUGGUGGAAGACCUCCUGCCCAACCACUCCUACGUGUUCCGCGUGCGGGCCCAGAGCCAGGAGGGUUGGGGCCGAGAGCGUGAGGGUGUCAUCACCAUUGAAUCACAGGUGCACCCGCACAGCCCGCUCUGCCCUCUGCCAGGCUCCGCCUUCACCUUGAGCACUCCCAGCGCCCCAGGCCCGCUGGUAUUCACUGCCCUGAGCCCAGACUCACUGCAGCUGAGCUGGGAGCGGCCGCGGAGGCCCAAUGGGGAGAUCCUCGGCUACCUAGUGACCUGCGAGAUGGCCCAAGGAGGAGGGCCAGCCACCACGUUCCGGGUGGAUGGAGACAACCCUGAGAGCCGGCUGACAGUGCCUGGCCUCAGCGAGAACGUGCCCUACAAGUUCAAGGUGCAGGCCAGGACCACCGAGGGCUUCGGGCCAGAACGUGAGGGCAUCAUCACCAUCGAGUCCCAGGAUGGAGGCCCCUUCCCGCAGCUGGGAGGCCACCCCGGGCUCUUCCAGCAUCCACUGCAAGGCGAGUAUAGCAGUGUCACCACCACCCAUGCCAGUACCACCGAGCCCUUCCUGCUGGAUGGACUGACCCUGGGGUCUCAGCACCUGGAGGCAGGUGGCUCCCUCACCCGGCAUGUGACCCAGGAGUUUGUGAGCCGGACGCUGACCACUAGUGGGACGCUCAGCACUCAGAUGGACCAACAGUUCUUCCAAACCUGACCCUCCCACCCCCACAGUGUCCUGGAACCUGGGCCCCCUCCUGGCCUCCCCUCUCCAGCAUCUCCUCAGCUACUCUAUCCUUGGACCCUUGGGGGCCCAGCUCACCCACAAUGCUGAUCACAGGGCCAGUGCCUCUGGCCACAGGGCUGGGGGUAGAUGUCCUCUGGGAGGCAUGAAGGGACAGAGGUCCCGGAAGGCCCUUCUGCCUUCCCCCCUACCCCUCAGACCCAAACCCAUUUAUAACCAAAGAGCUGGGACCAGCACGACAAAAGACCAAGUCUUUGUUUUGCACUUAAUAAAAGAUUUUGCUACUGCU